AUGGGCGAGCUCCCAUAUAAAAUCCAGCUUUUGAAGCUAAGGCGGAUCGAAGAAUUGAACAACAAGUUGAGAAAUGAAUUGGCAAGAGAACGUAUCACUGCGUCAAAUGCGUGCCUUUCAAUCAUAGAUUAUGCUUCUACUCAGAAAGAUUACCUCAUACCUGAUGUAUGGGGAUAUCCUGAUAUAGGAGAGAUCCCUUACACGAACUCUAAAAGAAACAUCCAAAACAGAUCACAGAAUAACGACGCUAACAAUUGCUGUACUAUCAUGUAG